UCCCAUAGGUUUGGCAGCCAACGAAAUUGAUUAAUAAAAUCAUAUCCGACAUAAAUACAUUAUCAUUAUUAACAAAGAGGUUUGGUUAGGAGCUUUGUCAUAAUGCUCAUAAUUGAUCACUAGCCUGAUUAUUAAUCCCAAAAGGCGGUUGGUCGGCGGCCAAUCAUAGACCGUGGAGAGCACUAUUAGCACUAAGAGUGGGUCCCUUGGCCGGUGACCGUGGCCGGCCGUGAUGCUCUCACCGUCGUUUUUUUCUGCCCAAAAAAGCCAACUAAUACUGCAACCACUACUAGCUCGCUAUGGCGUCUCUUCCCCAUUAUGUGCAAAUAUAAAUACCUUCAUCGAUGGCAGAAGAAUUCCAUCAACCCAAAAGCGAGAAAGCAAUUGCUAAGAGAGUUUUAGCAACACCAAAAACAAAAAGGCCUAGAAGCCUAAGUGAAUAGCUUUGAGAGAGAAAGGAAAGAUGGUGAAGAUAGCAUUUGGAAGCCUUGGAGAUUCAUUCAGUGUUGGCUCUAUCAAGGCCUAUCUCUCUGAGUUCAUUGCUACCCUCCUCUUUGUUUUUGCUGGUGUUGGUUCUGCCAUCGCUUUCAGCAAGCUUGCUCCAGAUGCAGCAUUAGACCCAGCUGGCUUGGUCGCCGUCGCCGUGGCACAUGCCUUUGCCCUGUUUGUAGGAGUUUCCGUCGCGGCCAACAUCUCAGGUGGCCACUUGAACCCAGCUGUCACCUUCGGAUUGGCCAUCGGUGGCAACAUCACCAUCCUAACUGGCUUCUUCUACUGGAUUGCCCAAUGCCUUGGCUCCACCGUCGCCUGCCUCCUCCUCCACAUCGUCUCUGGUGGCAUGAGCAUCCCAACCCACGGAGUUGCAGCAGGGAUGAAUGAACUCCAAGGACUUGUGAUGGAGAUCGUGAUCACCUUUGGGCUCGUGUACACGGUCUACGCCACGGCCGCGGACCCGAAGAAAGGAUCCCUUGGAACCAUUGCGCCCAUCGCAAUUGGGUUCGUCGUGGGCGCCAACAUCCUGGCCGCCGGCCCAUUCAGCGGUGGAUCCAUGAACCCGGCCAGGUCCUUCGGCCCAGCUGUGGUCGCCGGAAACUUCGCUGGAAACUGGGUUUACUGGGCCGGCCCGCUCAUUGGAGGUGGAUUGGCUGGGCUUAUCUACGGAGACAUCUUCAUUGGGUGCCACACUCCAGUCGCCACUUCCGACAGUUAUGCUUAAAGGGAGAUGGUGGAUUUGGGCUUUCGCUUUGGCAAUGUGACGUGUUUGGGGGCUUUUUGUUGUUGCCUUUUGGAUUUGGGCCUGUGUUUGUGUAUGGGCCAAAGUGGGAAGGAGAAUGAGCCCGUGGUUGUUUGAAUAAGGAAGUGUAAAUUGUUUCUGGGUUCGUAAUUGUACUUUCUUGGUUUCAAAUAUGAAAUGGUUUGAUCUUUAAAUUACUCUUGCCUCUUUCUCCUGAUGUUGGGUAAUCACAAAAACAAGGUCCUACUGUCCGGUGAAAUGAGAUUGAAUGGAUAGUUUAUGUUUUAUUAACAUUAAUCAUCGAUAAUAAUCUGAUCAUCAGAAAUUCACACUUCAAAAACAAUCAUCUGAACGACAUAAAUUCUUAUUUAAAGUACAGAAUUAGUAACUUUUAAGCUACGUAUAUAGUUUAAUAAGCUACCCAUUCCAACAAAGACACAUAAAAACCUGUAUCAUGUCACAAUUUUUUUUUUUUUGUUGUGCACUUGAUUUAGGGCAAAUUAUAUGAGUAGUUAAUUUGCUCUUUGUUGCCAUGUGAGAGCAAUGAUUCAGCCGGAGAGCUUGUGGGGAGGGCAGAAUUAUUACACUUGUGUGCUUUUGUUGCACACUUUUUUCUCCCAUACAAUGAUUCAUUCAAUUAACAGCAACUACUCUAAUUAAGUCUCUAAACUACUACUAAUAGUCAAAUGGGAAGCAAGCGGCUGCUGAAGUGAAGAGAGGAAAAGAAGCCACGAGUUGUGCAUCAUUAAGCUCCUCUUUGAGUUUUCGUUUGACCGGCCACCACCUUUUCCUCCAUGCCACGGCACUCAUGAGAGAGCUUUUCCUCCUCACCUUUUCUCGCAGAUCUUGAGUUGGUAUGUUUGUAAUAGUCAGAUCUGGUAUGGAUGUUCGAUGUUGAAUUAUAUACGAUUUUGUGAAGAUAUAAGAUAGAAAAGACAGGCUUUGUUUUCUUCAGGCGACCGAUUCUAUGGGCUCGACGGGAUUUGAUUAUGAGGGUCACUUCGCUAUGCUAAGAUCAUUAACAAAGAAGAGAGAGAAUAAGCUUUGCCUUCUGCUACCCUAAUCAAAAUGUAUUUAAAUU